GUUCUUGAGUCAGCAAAUGCGGAAAAACAGAGCGGUCUCAGGCACGAUACGUUUUCUUGAUAAAAUGUCUUAUAUACUGUGAAACCGUACAGCUUUCUAAGACCGUAACGUGACAAUACGUGUGUGUGUUUAGUAGUGGUGCAUUUCAUCGCCGUAGCUUUAAACGUCAAGCUUAGUGAAGUCAAUAAUGGAGGUUACGCCGAACUCCAAACUCAAGUCUGCCUCACCAUGUGAACCCAAAGACCAGCUGAGUGCCUCAUUAAAAGAGAGACUGAAGAGAACCAGACGUUCUUUCAACGCGCCCUCCUCUAUCGCCAAGCGUCUUUGUGUUGAUGAAGAAGACGGGCAACACGUCUCACAGGAGACUGGCCAGAAGUCUUCACUCAUCCCCUCGAUUGUUGAUGCAAAUAGCAAUGUAGCACAGUCAAGCAAUGACCAGUUGGUUGGAGGAGACUCCAAACAUUUUACUCAACAGCGAGAGCAGCUCCGCCGGGAGGUCCGGGAAAAGACGGAGACUCUGCGCAGACUCAAGAUGGUUAAAAUGUACAGAUCAAAGAAUGACUUAACACAGCUCCAAACCUUAAUCGACAAGUGGCGGAGAUGUGCACAGGCUGCCCUGCUGGAGCUGCAGUCGUACAUCCCGGUCAGUGGACAGAAGCCAGGGCUGGCUGACCUCAUAGACCUCUUCGGUUUGGACGACAACAUUCUGCACUUUGACAGAGCACUGGAGGACUUUACCUCGUAGCUUGCCCCCCGCUUCCCCUUGCUUCAGGGUUUACAGGGGAAAAAAGAAAAUCCAAACACAUCGUUUUAUGUUUGUCAGUUUUAUUGAUACUUCAAGUUUCAUGUUGAAUUUACAGUUAAAGAAUAUUAUCAAUAAAUAUUUGUUAUUCAAGUGAGAUGCAAUUCCACCGUCUGAAUUUCACAUAUUCCCUUUGCCAGUUGCCUUGAUCGCUGGUCUUUUAGUAGAAUGAGCUUCCAAAAAGGCUGGAAAAAUAUGCAAUGAGGGAAACUGUCAGAUUAGACCUAGUUAGUAACAGAUAGCAUAGGUGGGAAAGAAGUAGAAAACAAAAGCAAAACUUUGAAACACUAAAAAAAAAAGAAUUAAUUUGAUCCAUACAGCCGACAGAUUUUGAAACUUCACUGUGACUUUUGAAAUGUUUUAUUACCUGUAGCUUCCCAGAUGUGCCUCAGCUCCGACACUGUCACCUCCAUGCCUUGUAUCUGCUGAUCCAGCUCUGCGUUCUCCUCAGCUUUCUUUCCUGCUUGAGACUUGAGCUGCUUGAUUUUCAACCUGUGCUUCUCGAUGGCUUUAAAAUGAGCCUGAAAAGUAAGCAAAACAACACCAUGAAGUAAAGCUUCUGAGGUGAACUUGGAUUCUUGUUUGAUCACCUUCUUGUGGAACUCUAUGGUCUUCUUCAGCGUGGACACUUGCUUGGACACUCGACUGUCACGGUCGAUUUUGUUGAGAUACUGGAGACAGAAGGGAAGAAGAUCAUUGGAAGAUUUUAGCUGGUUCAUACAUGCCAUGUGCUGUGACAGUCUUUUUUUCCCCUGUUGAUAUGUUUUUCUUUUGAUUGCCGAGUGCCCGAGUAUCCUCCUGACAGAAUAACAGUGCAAGUGUAAAAAACCCACUCACACAAAUUCCACGUGUGAAUUAUAGCAUAUCAUUUGCUCAAGAAACAUCUGUGCCCCAGAAAGAUGUGAACGUGCACGUGAGUUUCUACCAGUUCAGUGUGGGAUCAAACAUACCUCUUAUCACAAGCAGGCGGUUUGAACAUCAGUUCAGUAUUUUAUUGUUGGCAUGAUGUGAAUUUUACUUUCAUGAAAUGUUGACCUCCUGUACAGAAAUUCUAAUGUGACUUUAACCAAAAGCACCAGUUAAUAUCUUAAGGACUUGAUCCUCAGACUGGAUCUGCCCAUGUAUUUUCCUCUGCCAGGAGGAGUCUGAACAAUACCUGGAAACUGUGUUCAACCACGCUUGAACUCCAUGCAAAAAAAUCCAAAACGGCAGUUCAGAGUGUUGCAGAAGUUCUGAAGAUGAAGACAGCUAUUUUGGAUUUGGAACUGCAUUGUAUUAUUUAACAGGAGAAAUGACAAAUGAAAAUCAGAGUCAAAGUUGUCGACAAAAGUUUUGAACUUUAACUUAAAUGCGGGUGCAGUUAUGAUAACAUCAGGUUUUGAGUUCAACUCUGGCUUCAAUUAUCUGCCUGCAAAACACCAGAAGCAGCCAAACUGAAAUACCUGCAACUUAUGACCUUGAAAUGUGGGUAAGCUCUACACUAACACGAAAACAGAUGUCAGGUCUGUGCAUGCAAAGGUGAGACUGGGCCACACAACUGCGACAAGAAAUGGGUUACAAGUGACGACCACCGAUUCACCUCUUUCUGAUCCUCAGUGAGGCGCAACAUCUGGAUAUCCCUGGCCUUGAUCUUCAGAUCUUCUAUCUGCAUUCUCCGCUUCUUGUUUUCCCACUCCAUUUGGAUCAGGCCUUUACGCAGUUCUUUAGUUUCCUCCAUGGUGGCAAUUUUUUGUUCACCUAGUGCCUGUUCAUGCAGUAACACAGGUACACUUGACUCAGACCACUGAACACAAUGUUGGAUGAGAGAUAAACUAUGUAAAGCACACCUGGGCAAAGUGCUGCCCGGGGGCCACAUUCGGCCCUUGGACUGCAUUUAUGCAGGCCCCAUGAGGUCAGAGAAAAACGAUAUAAGUCCAUUUGAUCCUAAAUAUCUAUGAUUCAUUUGACAAUUUUUUGGUUACUGGUGAAGUUUUUCCAUCACAUCAGGGCUCUGUUUCCGUCCCAUCUUUCUUUUGGCUUGACAGCUGACCUCCACAGUCGCAAUUUUAAAAUGUUGUCACAGAGUUCAAAGACUCCUCAAAGUAACAUUUGUUUACAGGACAGUGGUGAAGCUUGAGUUUGCAUGAUAUGCAGUGAUGGGAGCCGACCUGGAUGGUUCUGUUGAGGUCCUCCACAACACUCCGGUGGAGAAGCACAGCGCCACUGUAGUCCGGGGCCAGAUCUGUGAUGGGGACCUCCACCUGGCCCUGUUUCAGUAAGGCCUGCACCAUGGUGUCCAUCUGGAGCAUGUUUCUCGUCUUUAGUGAACUUGAAGAAAAAAUACAUUUUAGAUUAAUCGCAUCCAAACAAUACUGAUACUUUGUAAUAUGUAAAAUGUAAUAAAAUGGUUCUUAUUACUUUAGUGACAAAACAGGGUCGUGUUUCAAAAGUUAACCAUUACAGUGUUUAUUGGACUUUUUUGCAACUUAAAAUCUUUAUAGCUUCCACAUAACUGUUCAAAACUUGACUUAAUUCUUUCAUUAAUUUAGUUUAGAUCUGAUGACAAUACAUUAUUAUUCUACACCGAACAUUCUCGACUGUUUAAAAUGAGUAUGUGUUGUUCAAAGUAAUGUUCCCUUUUAUCUCUUUGCCUUCAUUGACUUGAACACUGGAUACCGUGAU